UCCGGGAACAAAACAUCGGCUGGUUCCACGAGGCUGCAGACCUUCCAAGACGACACACGUCCCAGUUGAGCGGAUUGAUUUACCCGGAGUAUUGGUAAAUACGGUCACGUGGGCGGAAGGACCAAUGGUGAAGAGCCGGGGCCGCCUGCAAAAAUACUACGAUUGUUCUCCGGGAAAGGCGGCGAAUCUUCCACAGUUAAAACAGUGUGUGUAUAUAUAUUUUUUUCAUUUGGGGGGGAGAGGAAAAAAUACUUUAUUUAUUGAUUAUAUUUUUGGAAGGGGAAAAAGAAACACCCAAUAACAACAACAACAACAAGGACCCGUUUGGUUUGCUUUGCUCCUUUCAUGCCUUCCGCCCCGUCCGAUGCCCUGCCACGGAGGGAGCCUCCACAAACAUGUCGUCGAGCGGCACCCUCAGUAACUACUACGUGGAUGCCCUCAUAGGCCACGACAACGGCGAGGAGGUUUAUGGAGGCGGAGGAGGGGGCGGCAAUGGAGGGGGUUCGGCCCGGUUCCUGGCAGGGGGAGCUCCCCACCACCCGCACGCGGCGCCCCAAAGGCCUUCUUCCUCUUCCGCCUCCUCCGCCUCGGACUUCGCCUCCUGCAGCUUCGCGCCCAAGGCUUCCUCCUCUUCCGUCUUCGCCGCCGGGUCCUGGCCGCCCGUUCAUCCUCCUCCUCAUCCUCCUCCGCCUCCGUCGGGGCCCAUGCCGGGGAUUUACCACCCAUACAUGACCCAGCCCCAUUUGGGGGGGCCUGGAGAGAGUGGCGGCAGGUACGUGCGCUCCUGGAUCGAGCCCUUUGCUCCUUUCAAUAGCAGCAACAGCAGCUCUGCAGUAACAGGAGGAGGAGGAGGAGGAAGCAGCAACAGCAAUGGCACUCUCCCGGUCCCCUCCGCCUCGGCGCCCACCCUCCAUCCCUCCAGCGCCCGCCACUAUGGGCUGGUGAAGCCGGAAAGUGGGACCCCCUCCGCCUCUGCCUCCGCCUCGGCCGCCCCUGCUUCUACUUCUCCUCCUCCUCCCCCCGAAAGGACCGAGUGCGCCCCUCCCAGGGAGCCCCAAGGCAUCGCCGCCGGGCCUGGAGACUUCCCCCAGGGCCCCUUCCUGGCCGAGAAGGCAGCCUCCAGCAACGGGGCGCCCCCAAACCCCGCCGCCUCCCACAGCAACGCCAGCAGCCGCAACGCCAGCCCCAGCCGGGACCCGAAGGAGGAGAAGCAGCAGCAGCAGCAACUUGACCCAAAUAACCCCGCGGCCAACUGGAUCCACGCUCGCUCCACGCGGAAAAAGCGCUGCCCUUACACCAAAUUCCAAACGCUGGAACUGGAAAAGGAAUUCCUCUUUAACAUGUACCUCACCCGGGACCGGCGUUACGAAGUGGCUAGGAUUUUAAACCUCACAGAGAGACAGGUCAAAAUCUGGUUUCAGAACCGGAGGAUGAAAAUGAAAAAGAUGAACAAGGAGAAAAACAACAAAGGGGACUGAGCGGCGGGAGUCCACGCGGGAACUGCUUUGGGUGGGGGGUUCGAUGUCUUCUUGAGGGGUUUCUACUCGCACAUAGAGAGAGGGAGGGAGAUGAAUUAUUGUCAACAUGCAUACUUUCCCCCAGAACUUUCCCGAAGAUCCGGUGGCUUUAUUUUUAUUUUAUUUUAAAUAGCAGUGACUGUGGUUUGUGUCAAGUAUUUUUGGGGGCGGUGGGGGGAAAAAGAGGUCCUGGUGUUGCUAGAAAAGGGGUUUCUCAAGGACAUUUCCUUCCUGUUUUGGUUUGAAGAUAUUGUGAGUGCACGUUUAGUGAGGGGAGAAGGCAAAACUUUGUCUAAACAGCAAGUAUUCUGAGAUAUUUCUAGUCGAGGGACAGAAAGAACCAGGAAAGGACUUCCUUCUCCUCCCCAGACACAUUAAAGACAGGCAAGCAAGCAAACCAGGCUGAUAGUAUUAUUGAAUGUGAAAGAAGAGGAAUCGCAAUAGCACGGCUGCCCAGGAUUUCCCAAAUUGAAGGACUGGAAAAGGAAUGAAAGAAAGCAAGGAAAAACAGACUCCCACCUUUUUUCCUUCUGCAUGCUUUGUUUUGCAAGAAAUGGCUUAGGAGAUUAAUAUAUAUAUAUUAUCUGAGUUGUCCCUUCACCCUCGUCCUCUCUUGUACAGAGCUUCUUCCAAUUGCAUUAUAGUUUCCCCAAAUGUUUCGGCUGAGCCAAUGUUUACUAUUUUUCGCCUGCGUCACCUUUGUCUCGUUGUUGUGUUUUCUGUUUUGGGAUGGUUUUUUUAUUUUUAUUUUUUGAGUGGCGGGUGUUCUCCUCCCCCUCUUUCCACGGUUUGAAGUUAUAUAAUAAAAUCAGCCUUUGUUGCAAAAAGGGAAAGCUCCAAAAUUUGGAAGGGAGGGAGGGAAGGAAGGCAAAAAAAAGCAAGCUAAGAAAAUGCGUGUGUCCUUGUUUUGUGUCUCUUUCCUUUCAACUUCUCUCCCCUUUGCAAAACCGAGAAACGCAUUUACCUGUUAAACUACCCUCAAAACGUUGUAGUUGGGCACACUCUUUCAUAAAUGUGAUAUGUAAUGUAGAAGGAAUUAUUUCCAAACCCACGAGAAAUUUGUUGUAUUAAACCGAGCCAAAUCCGGAA